AUGCGGCGCCAACGCCGAUCCAGCAGUGGAGCGUCCACCAAGGCGGCCGCUCCCAUUUCCGAGGCCAUCUCUGUGAUACACUCCUUCAAUUCUGCCACGAACCCCAAUCGCCCAGCGCGCCCUUCUCCGUUGGCCUCGUCGCAGAUCCAGGGCAUGCCCCUGGACCUGAUUGAUCGAAUCCGUUCCUUUCCUCUUUUCCAAUCCACUCCUGAAUCCUUCCUCCUCGAAGUUGGGCUGCAUCUUCGUCCGCAGCUACACUCUCCCAACGACUAUAUUGUAACAGAGGGCGAUGAGGCCAAGGCCAUGUACUGGCUGGUCCGGGGGGCCGUGGCGGUCACGUCCCGUGACGGGGAGAGCAUUCACGCAGAGCUCAAGCCGGGCGCCUUCUUUGGGGAGAUUGGGGUCUUGAUGGACCGACCCCGGACCGCGACCAUCAUUGCCCGCACCCGUUGCUUACUCGUUGUCCUAACCAAGGAAGAUUUCAGAAAGAUUCUGCCACGGUUCCCCGAGGUCGAGCGCGCCAUUCGGGAUGAGGCCCAGGAGCGAUUGAUGAUCCUCGAGAAGAAGAAGAAAGAACGCCAGGAUGCGGCCUCCAAGUCAGCGGCGCCGCAACGGAGAGGUUCGAAAAGAGUGCGUGACAGCGCCUCCGGAGAUUUGUCUCCCGAAGAAGAAAACGACCUGAAGUCGAUCAACGUCCACAAGAAGCGCAAAUCCCCCAGUCCAGGCGUCACCGAUGUCACGCCGUCGAGCGCGUUGGCGAAUGGCAUGGUCAACGUCCGACUGUUGCUGAAGGAAUUGCCCCUCUUCUCUGGUCUUCCUCCGGAUCUCCUUCAUUUUCUAGGACUGAAUGUUCAGCCCAUGUCUUAUCCGCCCUUCACCGAGAUCAUUCGGCAAGACACACUGGGCCGUGAGAUCUACUUCAUUGUGCGAGGCGAGGUGGAGGUCCUGAACGAAAAUCCGGACACGGGAUACCCUCGCAAGGGUUCCGAUGAUCAAGGCGGACGCGGUGUGGAAGUCAAGGCUCGCCUGGUGCAGGGCCAGUACUUCGGCGAGAUCGUGAGCCUCUCUCUCACCCCUCGGCGGACCGCAACGGUUCGCUCUGUCACCGCGGUGGAAUGCCUCAUGCUUAGUGGUGAGGUGCUUGUGGAAUUCUGGGAGAAAUGCCCAGAAGAUAUUCGCAAGCAGAUCGAAAGGACGGCGAAGAGCCGACUCGAAUCGGCAACUGACGGCGACGUGCUCAUGACUGAUGCAAAGGACCCCCCAACAUCUCCCAUCAGCCAUUUGAGUAUCGACGACAAGCUCAAAAUUACCAACUCGCGACGAAAGUCGAUGCCCAUGGUGACGCUCACGGAAACGGAGUUGGAUCCCUCUCACAAAACCAAUGGGAUGGCCGAGCCCCCAGUGUUUCCCUCAGAUCCGGACCCCUUUCUGAAUGUCGGUUUAGACAACGUUCGGCUCAAGUCCCGCCGCAGUUCGGUAGGUGUGGUUCCCUCUGAGGAGGCUUCCGGGGGAGACGAUCACCGUCAGACCACCCUUCUCGAACCCCGUUCAAGCAUCACCUUUCGAACCGUGUUUCCAGAGAGCGCGACGACGUCGAAUUCCCGGACAGGUUUACUGCUCGGGAAAAAACCUGAUAAUCGUGGAAUCCUGCCUGACAAUGUCCUUGUCCGGAUCUUUCAAUAUCUAGAACUCCACCAUCUUCUCCGCCUGCGGGCCGUGUCCGUUCACUGGUCUGAUCUCCUCACCAAAUCGCCCGAUCUCGUUCACCACCUCGAUCUCAGCCGUUACAACCGCAAGAUCACCGAUGAUGUCAUCACGAAUAUCAUCUGCCCUUUUGUCCAGGACCGGCCCCGUUACAUCGACAUUAGCAAUUGUUUCCACCUCACGGAUGAGGGCUUCACCGCAUUGGCGAAGACAUGCGGCCGCAACGUCAAGGCGUGGAAGAUGAAAAGCGUCUGGGACGUGACUGCGUCGGCCAUCCUCGAGAUGGCCAGCACAGCCACCGGUCUACAAGAAGUGGACUUGAGCAAUUGCAGGAAAGUGAGCGACACCCUUCUGGCUCGGUUGGUUGGUUGGGUCGUGCCAGCAUCGACAUUUGCACAGCAUAACUCGCUUGCACAGGCCAAAGGGGCCAUCAAACCUACAAUGCAGACGCCGGCUGGCGCCGUGUAUGGAUGUCCACAGCUGAAACGGUUGACCUUGUCAUACUGUAAACAUGUCACCGAUCGUUCCAUGCAUCAUAUCGCUUCUCAUGCCGCUCCUCGAAUUGAACAGGUCGACUUGACGCGGUGCACGACGAUCACCGACCAAGGAUUCCAGUACUGGGGAAAUGCCCAGUUCACCAGACUGCGGAAACUCUGCCUGGCCGAUUGCACUUACCUAACUGAUAAUGCUAUUGUCUAUCUGACCAAUGCUGCGAAACAACUGCAGGAACUGGACCUGGUAAGCCACUCAUUCUUUACUGCAUUCAUCCUUGGUACCAUCUGGACUAAGAGUCUAAUUGCUGUCAUCUAG